GCGCAGGCCAGCCGGCCAGCCAGAGAACCAGCGCCAGCAGCGGCAGUUACAGUUUGCUCCUCUCGCGCGCAGGACCCGCGUCGAUUCGCUAAAGUACAGUGUUGUGUUUACCGUGACCGUGAUGGCGCGGUGGAAGAGCGCGGUGCUCCUCCUGGGGCUGGUGUGCCUGGCCUCGCUGACGGACGUCUUGGAGGCCAAGCGGAGCGGUGGCUCCCGCAAGAGCGGCGGUAGCAGCAGCUGGGGCAGCAGCAGCAGCCGACGCAAGACGGGCAGCAGCGGCAGCAGCGUGACAAGCGCGCCGGCCAGGCACGACAGUGGCUCCUUCAUCAAGCAGGAGUCCAAGCAGGCCUCGGCGCCGGUGCAGCAGUCGUCCAACGCCAACUACCCGCGCCAGCCGGCCUCUAACCCGGCGUACCCGGGCACCAACAACCACGGCUACCCCGGCGCGGCCAACCCCGCGUACCCGGGCGCUGGCGCGCACAACGUGGGCGGCGGCCAGAUGUCGAGCAGGCCGUCCAACCCCGGCUACCCGGGCGCGGCCAACCCUGCGUACCCGUCCAACUCUGGGUACCCUGGCGGCGCGGCUCACCCGCCGCCCUACCAGCCCAACUACCCGCCGCCGCAGUACCACCCGCCCCCGCAGGGCGGCUACGCCGCGCAGCCCGGUGGCUACCACCCGCCCCCGCAGGGCUACCACCCGCCUCCAGCCUACAGCCCUGGCGUGGCCGCGCAGCCCGCCGUCCUGCAGCCCGUCAUCGUGCAGAGCAGGCCCGCUUCCUCCGGCAUUGGCGCCGGUGGCGCCGGCGCCCUGGGAGCAGUCGGCGGCCUGGUCGCGGGCGCCGCUCUCAGCCACGCCCUCAGGCCGAGCCACGGGUACGGUGGCGGCAGUGGCCACGGCACCCACGUCCACGAGACCGAGAUCCACAACCACUACUACAACAACGGCACCGGCAGCAACGACGGAGCCGCGGCUGCACCCGCCGCAGGGGCCGCCGCCGCGCCCGCCAACGGAGCCCCGCCGCCACCCUACGACCCCAACAACCCCUACUACAACGGCCAGUACCCACCUGGUCAAUACCCUCCCGGCCAGUACCCUCCGGGCCAGUACCCACCCGGCCAGUACCCUGGUCAAUAUCCUCCUGGUCAGUACCCUCCUGGCCAAUAUCCCCCCGGUCAGUAUCCUCCUGGCCAGUACCCUCCCCAGUACCCGUACCCCUAUGACCCGUACGCUAACGGCACCGUGAACGGCACGGCCCCCGUCAACCCCGCUGCCUGGCCGCAGCCGGCCGGCGUGCCCGGCUACCCCGCCAACGCCCAGGACCCCGCCCUGGUCGCCAACUCAG